GCAUCGACUCGCGGAGCGGGUCCAUGGAGAGUUCGGUCCACUGGUCUGGGCUGGGAGACCGAGCCCACUUUGACGUCUCCCACAGCCAGACACUCGUCAUCACCGACGUCCAGGAUGAUGACGAUGGUGACUACCGCUGCAGAAUUGACUUCAAGUCAUCCCCAACCAGGAACACUGGCGUGAGGCUGCUGGUCGUUGUUCCACCACAGAGGGUGUCCAUCCUGAAUUCUGAGGGGGUGGAGGUGAACGGAGUCAUCGGUCCGUAUUCAUUAGGGAGCAGCCUGGUUCUUACCUGUCAAGUGACUGGAGGUCGCCCUCCGCCAGUAGUGACCUGGUGGCACGAGGGGUCACUGCUGGAUGACCUGAGCGAAAGCAACAGCAGCCAGGUCACGCGAAACACCUUGACCUUACCUAACCUGAGUCGUCACCACCUGUAUAGGGUCAUCACGUGCCGGGCAGACAAUUCAAACCUUACCCAACCUCUUCACGUCUCUGUCACUAUCGACAUGAGCUUUCCGCCGUUGGAUGUAAGGAUACUUGGCUCAAACCCAGCACUGCUGGAGGGCCAGCACACGUCCUUCAGGUGUGAGUCGACUGGCUCCAGGCCUCCCGCGACGCUAUCCUGGUGGAUGGACGGUGUUAUGAUGAACGCUGCCAAUGAACAGGUUCCUGUCGAGACUAACGUGAGCAGCACCACACUGCGCCUCGCCCCCACCAGACACAAUGACGGGGCCAUAGUCUCCUGCAGGGCGGAGAACCCGGCUCUUCCCGGAGCAGCCGUCGAGGAUAUCAUCAAACUCACCGUCCACUUUGUACCGCGGGUGGAGCUCAAGGCAGGGAACAGUCAGGUACUUGCAGCCGUCAAGGAGGGAGACGAGGUCCACCUCCAGUGUGUGGUCCAUGCCAACCCUCCAGCACACUCCCUCAGCUGGUUCUUCAAGGGUGAGGAGCUCCAUAGUAACAUCAGCACCGGCGUUGUCAUCAGUAACGAGAGCCUGGUUCUACGGAGCGUCGGACGACGCUACGCGGGCCUCUUCACCUGCAGGGCCACCAACGUCCGUGGAUCAACAUCCUCACAACCCCUCACACUCAGCGUCAAGUACCCACCAGUAUGUGCCGAAAACCAGCGCAGGACCUAUGGAGGUGGACGUGGCGACCAGGUCAACCUCACCUGUGAUGUGGAAGCCAACCCGGAACCCCACGCCUUCCGGUGGGCCUUCAACACCUCCACCGAGAUGAAGUACCUCCCGAAGGAGGACAUCCACUUCCAGAGCGGCCGUAGUGUAGUAACCUACACCCCCAGGACACAGCAGGACUUCGGCACUCUCUUGUGCUGGGCUGUCAACGAGAUCGGCUCUCAGCUACGCCCCUGUGUUUUCCUGAUCGUUCCCGCUGCGGCUCCGGACCCGGUGUAUAACUGCAGCGUGUGGCACAACGCCAGUGCUGCGGGUGAGGUUGUAGUCUCUUGUGAGGCGGGGUGGAGCGGAGGCCUGACACAGACUUUCACACUGGAGGUGCGACAGCUGUCAUCAACAGGGAAGGCUGGAGAUCUAGCAGCAUCCUUCGCGCACCAGAUUCAACCACACUUCACUGUCACGGGUCUUGCACCGGGAACCGAAUACCAACUGGCCGUAGGGGCGUCCAACACCCAAGGCGCGGCCCCUGUGACCCUUCUCAUCCACCAUACCCCUAUUGACGUAGCUGAAAAGAGAACGAGCGCGGAUGCGGCCGAGUCCUUUGGCAUGGGCGUCACCAGGGUGAUGCUGGCUGGCAUCCUAGCGGUGGUGGUGGGCACUGUGGGUUCCCUAGUAAUCUGCUCGGUGGUGGUGGUGCUGGUGGUGCGUGGGCGGCACCGACACGCCCACAACCAGCCAGGAAUCAUGUACGACAAGGCAGCCACUACCCACGCCAAGAGCUGUGACCACACUGGUGACUUCGAUCAAGUCCAUCGUGGACCUGACCUCAUUCUUGUCAAGACUGGAAAGAAGGAAGGGAAACAGGCCAACCCAUCCGUUGCCACGUGUGGAGCAGCCACUCCAGGCACCAUAACAUGCGGUCACCAGGUGGGCUCCUCUUCCUCAUCCUCUUCCAUUAACCCCGUGGGCGCCUGUCUCACCAGUCCCGCCAGUAUUCUCAACCUAGCUGCUACCAGCACCAGCAGUGGCAGUAUCAUCAUCAAUCCCGGUGGCAGUGUCAACAACAGCAACAGCAGCAUCAGUCCAAGUGUCAACAGUAUUGGCACAAGUGCAGCCGCCACAACAUCCAAUGUUACCAUCUUAAGCCCACCCAAAGGUACAGUUUUGAGCACCACCAGCAGUGGCUCCAUUAUGAGUUCGAGCACUGAUGCUCUCAUAAAUCAAAGCAGCGCUGGCGUUCUGAACCCCUGUGGCGUUAUGCUGGAGGGAAGCAGUGGAGGGCUCAAAGACGUCAGCAGCGCUGCCAUCAUCCACUCUGGCGAGCCUCUGGGGAGCCAAAGAACUCGCCAGAUGUCGCUGGCGUCGCCGGCUACUCUGGAGGACUUCCAUAGGACGAUUCACUCCUCGUCCUCCUCCAGCACUGGGCAACGCCCCUCCUUCCCCAACACAUCGUCCUCCAUCACUGCCUCCUCUACCAUGCCACGCCGCCGCUCCUCCAGCGUGGCUCUCCACCCGGAGUUCCUCCAUCACGACCUCAACACCAGCAGGGAGAGCUGCGUCUAGUCUCCAGAUAAGGAGACUCCAAGCUGCCGCCAAGAACUUUUAUACCUGGUAGUAAAAGGCUUCCUUAUACACACGUAUCUCUUGUACACAGAUUUAUUUGGACAGAUUCCUAUGUACACACGUUCCCUUUUAUACAUGUCCUAUUGUACACAAGUUCCCUUUGUAGACAUGCUCUUGUACACUCGUUCCUAUGUCAACACGAAAUGUUGUACACGUGUUCAAUUUUACACAUGUUCCCCAGUAUAUACGUUUUUUAAUACGUUCCCUUCUAAUUUACUCUGUAUGUGUGUGUUUGUGUGUGUGUGUGUGUGUGUGUGUGUGUGUGUGUGUGUGGUGUGUGUGUGUGUGUGUGUGUGUGUGUGUGUGUGUGUGUGUGUGUGU